GUGUGUUGUGUGCAGUCUGCAGGCUGCUCUCUGGGUCCCUCUGCAGCCUGCAGACUGAACCAGUGGUCUUCUCUCCUCCAUGUGAAUGUGAGCUGAUCAAACCCAACCAGCAGCUCAUCUCUCGCGAGGAACGACGCCGUUAUCGGAAUCUCUUCAAAACAACACGAGAAUUCAUCAUUCACACGUGAACAAUGUCGGAACAAGAGUUGGAUGAUAUUGUGCAAAUAACGGUGGAGGACUUUAACCAAGAUGACCAGACAGACACGCUGGAUAAUCAUGAAGACAAUGAAGAAAAGCCUCCGAAGAAAAAGAGGAAAUUAAGCAACAGCCAGGAGAAUAACAACAACAACAAUAACCAAGACAUAUCUUUUAUUAAGAACCUGUUGGUCUCUUUCACCGCAUCAAUCAGCCAGCGACUGGAGGGGAUUGAAUCAAAGUUAUAUUCUCUGGAUGCUACAUGCAAAGCCCUUGGACGCAAACUGGACAGCAUGGUGCCAUGUGCAAAGAGUCCUAUCCAGGUUCCUAUGGUUGCAGGGUCUCCUCAGGGGGCCACUCAAACUUGGAACAAAGUGCGAUGUGUUGUUCCUCAAACAAAUGUGAUAGUGAGCAGUGAACACCCGAAGGGCACUAGCCAAGAAGACACCCCUCUGGAGAACCUGCUCAGCAACACGGUGACCAGGAAGCGUCAGAACACAAUCCUGGUAAAGGUGCCGGGUCCUGAGGAGAGUCAGGAAGAACAAGACAGCGGCUCAGAGGCCAGUGACACGGUUUCUAAUGGUGGCAAUCCCAGCAACGCGCAAAAUGGCCAAAAUGUCACACUCAUCACACUCAAUUCGGAAGAUGAUUACCCAGUGGGCACCUGGUUGGGAGACGAGAACAACCCAGAGAUGCGAGUUCGUUGCCCAGUGUCUCCAGCUGACAUGCUCCAUAUCACCACAAACUGCCGCACGGCGGAGAAAAUGGCACUGACGCUGUUAGACUACCUGUUCCAUCGGGAGGUCCAGGCCAUGUCAAACCUCUCUGGCCAGGGCAAACAUGGCAAGAAGCAGCUGGACCCGCUCAUGAUCUAUGGCAUUCGCUGCCACUUGUUCCACAAAUUUGGCAUCACAGAGUCAGACUGGUAUCGCAUCAAGCAAAGCAUCGACUCAAAGUGUCGCACCGCCUGGAGACGCAAGCAGCGCGGCCAGAGUCUGGCUGUCAAGAGCUUCUCCAAACGCACACCUCGCAGUUCAGGCGCAGAGGGAGGCAUGGCAGACGAAACGGGACAGAUUGAGACGGCCUCCCAGCAGACCUUGCACUACACGCUUGCCAAUCAACAAGUCCAGUUCCACCGUAUUGGCGAGGAUGGACAAGUUCAGGUGAUUCCACAGGGUCAGCUGCACAUUGCCCAGGUGCCACAAGGAGAGGAGGUGCAGAUCACACAGGACAGUGAGGGAAAUCUCCAGAUCCACCAGGUACACGUCGGUCAGGAUGGACAGGUGCUGCGUGGGGCUCAGCUCAUAGCGGUGGCAUCAGCUGAUGGCGGAGCCACCGCAGUAGAGGGCUCCCCCCUCCCACCUGACAUCCAAGUGCAGUAUGUCCAACUAGCCCCCGUCGCAGAGCACACAGCUGCCGUACAGGCUGCUGAGCUGGCCCCGGCCCUGCAGGCGGACAUGGAGGUGAAAGAGGCCAUCCAGGGUGCCAUCCAGGGAGAGAGCGGCGACCAGGUGGUCCAGAUCGUCACCUCCGUGGCCACCUGAGAGCCCCGUCUGGUUCCACACAGCCAAGAACUCUGAUUCACAGCACGGCCUGACGCGUCUCAGAGGUCGACCAAGUCUGACAUGCAAAGAAAUGAUUUUAUAAUAAAUACUGAAGGUCACUGAUGAAACACAGGGAAGAAGAAUUCUUCUGCUUUUUUGUUUUGUUUGUUUACCCCUGCAAACUCCUCAAUUCGCUGCCAACCAGAUGUCGCACUGUGGAAAUGUUUGCCGAGAACUUGAAAAGGCUGCGAUGCUCCAAAAUCAACUGUGGUGUUUCUGGUGUUUUCACCAGAAGGACCUGACCUACAGCAGAAUACACAACGGGAUUAUUGUCUAUCCAGGGAGGACGCUACUUAUGCAGACCAUCACCCCGCCACUUCAUCAGCACACAUGCUUGUUUACAUCAACUUUUGGAAAAUGCUGAAGUUAUUUGGAGUUAAGCCGUUUGGCUAACCCCGAAAAAAAACCCAUGAGGGUUUUAAAACCCUGAAUCCAACCUCAAACAAGCAGCACUGUGCUCCAUCUCUCGUCAUGUCUUGUCACGCUGGACUGCAGUGGAAAGUAGAUUUAGCUGAGCAAAGCUUCUCUCGGUUGUGAUUAAUUUGGUUUCCGUCACUCUCCGUGAUUCAGUCCGUACCAUGUCUCCCGGCCGCUCCUUCCUUUAACUUUGCUCUUCUUGUUUUCACAUUGCUUUAGCCGCACAGCUUUGUUUGUUUGUUUGAUUUAUCUUAAUUGUAACAUGCCGACAUUUUGGAGGAGCUUUAAUUUUGGAGGUAGAAGACCAUGAAAUAGAAGAGCUGGUGCCAGUGGUAGACGGUACAAGAUACUGAUAGAAAACCAAGGAAACCUUGAAGUUGUUUAUUCCCCCGCAGUUUUGUCUCUGUAAAAGAUACACUCAUGUGAAUAAAACAUGUUUGUGGUUGCCAUAAAA